CAAAUGAAUUGCUUAAAUUACUUUGAUCAAAGCCUUCUUCUAUAGUAACAAUUGAUUCUACAACAGUUGUUAAUUUAUAAUUGGAUGAUGAAGUAUUUCUAAAUGUUAAUCAUUAGAGCCUCUUAAAAUCAAAAUAUCCAAACUUCAAAGAUAUAAAUUCAAAAAUUAGAAGAAAUAGAAACAUCUUAUUCCUAAUUUUCUAAGCAUGAUGACACUAAUCCUAUUCAGUCAUAAAAAGAAUAAAAUAAAAAUUCUAAAUUACUUAAAAUAGAGUAGAAAAAAGUAAUCAAGAAAGCAAAGAAAUAAAAAAAUGAAAUUGCUUAAAUAGAUGAACUUCCUAAAAAGAAGAAAGUGUUUCUUUCAAUGAUGGACAUUAAAUAAGCACAUUAUAAAUAGUAAAAAUCAAAUAAUAUAUUUUAGAUUCAAAGCUUAAAGCAAACAAGAUAACUAAAAAAUUGAUGCUGAAUUAGUUGAUCCUCAAAUAUGACCAUAGUUUAUGAUAUUAUUCUUGUAUAUAAUUUUUUACAAAUCCAUGCA